AUGGCCCGGGAUAUCUCUGCAAAGGCUUUCAAGGAAAUCCAUUCAUUUUUCAUGGUUGCCAAGGUGAAAGGUGGCCUUAAUUAUCCACUGGUGGUAGAGUGGGAAUUGGAAACAUGGAAAACUGGAUCAAUCUGUGUUGGGCUUCUUGUAUUGCUUGUGGGAGGCUCUUUGGCUUUUUGGGGAUUGAAGAAAAGAAAGUUCAUCAAACUUAAACAGAAGUUCUUCGAAAGAAAUGGCGGAUUGCUAUUGGGUUCUGUUAAGAAUGCCAAAACAUUCACUGCGGAAGAUCUCAAGAAGGCUACAAACAACUACCAUCCAACUCGAGUAAUUGGUCAAGGAGGGUUUGGAGUUGUUUACAAAGGUAUAUUGCAGAACAACCAGAUUGUGGCAAUUAAGAAAUCGAAAUUUUGUGACCAAAGCCAGGUGGCAGAGUUCAUUAACGAGAUAAGUCUUCUUACCACGAUUAUUCACAAAAAUAUAGUAAGACUAUUAGGAUUCUGUCUCGAAACAGAGGUUCCUUUGCUGGUAUAUGAGUAUAUAAGUAAUGACACUUUGUUUGAUCAAAUUCAUGUUCAAAAUUCCUUACUGUCUUGGGAGAAACGAAUGAAGAUUGCUCUGGAAACAGCAAAUGGACUUGCCUAUUUGCAUUUUAAAACUGAAGUGCCCAUUUUGCACAGGGACACGGCGUGGUUAAGUGACACGAGGGAUGACAUUACUACCUGGGCAAAUCGUUACAUUUGCUUCAAAUGGAAUUAA